AUGGGGUUCCGUCGGCUGCGGCGUGUGCUGGGCGGCAAGCUGGGCCGCGCACUGGGCUGGAGCUACACGCUGAGGAUGAACUCGCCGCGACCCUCCCAGAGCCCCGGCUUCUACUCGCUGGCCGCGCACCAGGGCCCGCUGCCCGCCAUACAUGAGACGCAGGCCAGCGAGCAGCCGGCGGCGGCCGGCCCGGCCGCCCUGGGUCCCCUGGCAGAGCCGGUGACGCGCGUGACCGUGCGCCCCGGCAUGAACGUGACCGUGCAGGCACCGGGCGCUAUCCGUCUCUUCGUGCAGAGCCCCGGCUUCUACUCGCUGCCGCGCACCAGGGCCCGCCUGCCCGCCAUACAUGAGACGCAGGCAGAGGAGCUGAACACGAUCGUGGGCAACGCGUUCCGAAUGGCGUAUGCGGCGCGCCUGCAGCGAUCCUGCCUGGCAGGGCCGGGCAGCGCCGGCGACGACUCCGCCUGGGAGAUGGAGAGCCGAACAACCACGACAAGACCAACAACCGCACCUGGGCGCUGCCGUCGCUGGCCCGGUCGCCCGCGGACCGAGGAGGGGCCGCGCUCCAAGCAUCGCGAGCCUAGCCGACGCGAGCUGUCGCGGGGCAAAAACGUCAACCUGGCGAGUCCGGCGGCGGCGGCGCCGGCGGCGCCCGGCGGGAGCGACCCGGCUGGGCCGAGCUACUGUUGCCCCCUGCUGGCGGGCUACGUCAACGAGGCCCCUGCGAGAGGACGCGAAGAGUUGCCACUGGUCGAGCGCUCCAGCUCUGCCUCCACGUACACCACGCGAGGGCACGAGCGGGGCCUCGACGCCAGCUGCGCCGCUACUACCAGCAGGGCCCAGCCAGGAGCGGGUGGAGAGCGCAGCGCCGCCUGGUUCCAGGCAGGCAUACCGAGGGAGAUCGCGCUCGAGGCUCUCCCAGGAGCCGGGGGUGCCUUCAUGGUGCGCGAGUCGACUACCAAGCACGGCUGCUACGCGCUCUCGCUGAGGGUGCCCCGCGACUUCCAGGUGUCGGGCAUCGCCCACUACCUGAUCCUUAAAACCGCCAAAGGAUACAAGAUCAAGGGCUUCAUGAAGGAGUUCACCUCGCUGACGGCCCUGAUUACGCACCACUCGGUGAUGCCCGAGCUGCUGCCGUGCACGCUGUCGCUCAGCCGCUACAACCCCAACUUCGUGCGCUCCGAGUCGGCGCAGGACCUGGUCGAGCUCGACACGGACUCCGAGUACAACGGACUUAGUGAACUGUCGCGCGCCACCGCUGACACCAGCGUGUGAGACGGCCGCGACGCGGCGCUAGUGUCGCGCCGCCGGGGACGGGCGGCG